AUGUCAGUUCCCCAAAAGCACCGUGCAGCCUACAUCCACGCCAUUGGAGAAGCGCCUAGAAUAUCUGAGCGCACCCUCGGCAAGCUCGAUCCCAACGAAAUCGCCAUCAAGAUCACGGCCACCGCAAUCAACCCAAUCGAUUGGAAGCUCCGCGAUCAUGGGCUCUUUCUUGUGCCCAAUUGGCACCAUCCUGCCAUAUUAGGAUCCGACGGCUCAGGCACAGUCGCCGCCGUUGGAGACGAUGUCUCCAAUUUCAGUGUUGGGGAGCGUGUGUUCUUCCAGGCUUCAUACGGCAAUGACGACGUCUCUACCUUCCAGGAGUACAUCAAACUUCCCGCUGAGAUUGUUGCGAAGACGCCGAAGAACAUCUCUGAUGAGGAGGCGGCGGGCAUUGUGCUGGCCACGCAUGCGGCCGCGACUGCGUUCUACCACAAUACGGGACAGGGGUUGAAAGCGCCGUGGGAUGAGGGCGGAAGUGAGGUGGGGAAGGGGAAGGCUAUCGUGAUUCUGGGGGGUAGUUCGUCGGUUGGCCAGUAUGCGAUCCAGCUCGCGAGGUUGUCCGGCUUUGAGCGCAUUGUUACGAAUGCGAGCACGGCGCAUCAUGAUUUCCUUAAGGAGCUUGGAGCGCACGUGGUAUUGGAUCGUAACUCUUCCGGCGUAGAGGACUUUCAGAAAGCGCUAGAAGGUUUCCCGCUGGAAUUUGUGUUUGAUUCAAUCUCAGUCAAGCAGACACAAUUGCUAGGCGUGAAGGUCCUGCAGUCCAAAACCACGAAGAACUCGAAGUUGGUCAUUGUCCUCCAAGUGGAUGAGGAGGCGAAGAAGCUAGGCGAGUCAAAGGAGCCGCAGGUCGCAGUUCAGCUGGUCCUGGGCCUUGCAUUGGCGCCGCAUUCGCGGUACCUGAUCACAGCGCUGACGGACAACCUUGGCGGGGAGGACGGAUGGAUUGCUACAGGCAAGUUCAAGCCGAAUCAUGUUGAGGUGACGAAGGGUGGCCUUGAGAAGCUACAGGAAGGGUUAGAGAAGAACAAGGCGGGGGUGUCUGGGGUGAAGGUCGUAGUUCAGUACUAG